CACACUAUCCUUUCCUUCUUUUCUUACAAGUUUCCGCGAGGGAUACCUGUGAGCAGCUUUCACUCCUACAUACCACAAUGGCGGCGGUUACCAAGAAGAUUAAGCGCGAUCCCGCGAAGAACCCGAUGAGGGAUCUGCACAUCCGCAAACUCUGCCUGAACAUCUGCGUGGGCGAGUCCGGUGACAGGCUGACCCGUGCCGCCAAGGUGCUGGAGCAGCUGACUGGUCAGCAGCCAGUGUUCUCCAAGGCCCGCUACACGGUCCGUUCGUUCGGUAUUCGCCGUAACGAGAAGAUCGCUGUCCACUGCACGGUGCGCGGCGCCAAGGCUGAGGAGAUUCUGGAGCGUGGCCUGAAGGUGCGCGAGUACGAGCUGCGUCGGGAGAACUUCUCCUCCACCGGCAACUUCGGUUUCGGCAUCCAGGAACACAUCGAUCUGGGCAUCAAGUACGAUCCCUCCAUCGGUAUCUAUGGUCUGGACUUCUACGUCGUCCUCGGCCGCCCUGGCUACAAUGUGAACCACAGGAAGCGCAAGUCCGGCACUGUCGGCUUCCAGCACCGCCUCACCAAGGAGGAUGCCAUGAAGUGGUUCCAGCAGAAAUACGAUGGUAUCAUCUUGAACACCAAGAAGUAGAGGAGCUCUAUCAGUAACCAUGUUUUUUAAGAAGAAUUCUACAAUAAACCUUGGCUUGUGUCAACACGUAAAACCCGUAGUUCUGAUCAACAUUAUUUAUCGACAAUAGUUUCAACUAAGUGGAUCGUGAUUGAAGUUAUUUGGCAAGAAAUCAUUGCUAGGAUUUCAUAUCCGGUUUUAGGUUCUAUGGAGACCAACGUCUUGUUAAUGGAUACAACUGCAGCAUAUUGUAGUGUCUGGACGAAAACAUUUGGAUAUCAGCUAGAGGCAUUCAAGAUUUUAAAGUUUACUGUUCAAUUGAUCAAUUUUAAAGCAAUUUCUUGUACUAUUAUAGAAAUCAAUUGUAAAUAUCAAAAUGCCAAAAUGAAAAAACUUUUGUAACAAA